AUGCCCGAACCGACCCCGGGCACCUGCCCCAACCCCGACCUCAUCUCCUGCGGCUGCAGCCAGGCUGCCGAGUCGUCAGUCGGUGCGGUCCCGCGCUGGCUUCGGCUUGUUAUUUCCGUGGGGUUGGUGCUCUUUGGCAUCAACCAGGCCAUCAGUCUCAUCGCGCUGCUCGUGCAUUUCGUUCGUUUUUUGCGCGGCGAGGACAAGAAGGAGGAGAAGAGGAAGAGGCUGGUGGCCGUGAUGGAGAAAGCCGCGCUGGAGUUGAAGCUGCUGGGGCCCGAGGAUGAGGAUAGCGAUGCCUAG